CCCCGGCGGGCGCUGAAGAGCGAGUUCCUGGUGCGGGAGAACCGCAAGUACUACAUGGAUCUGAAGGAGAACCAGCGCGGGCGCUUCCUCCGCGUCCGCCAGACCGUCAACCGCGGCCCGGGGCUGGGCUCCACGCAGGGCCAGACCAUCGCCCUGCCGGCCCAGGGCCUCAUCGAGUUCCGCGACGCCCUGGCCAAGCUCAUCGACGACUACGGGGUGGAGGAGGAGCCGGCCGAGCUGCCCGAGGGCACCUCCUUGACUGUGGACAACAAGCGCUUCUUCUUCGACGUGGGCUCCAACAAGUACGGCGUCUUCAUGCGGGUGAGCGAGGUGAAGCCCACCUACCGCAACUCC